AUAAGCAAUGACCACUGAAAAAAUGUGGGUGUAAGGCUUCAGGGCUCCCGAGUGGCGCAUCGGUCAAGGCACUGCAUACCCUGGUUCGAUUCCAGGCUAUAUCACAACCGGCCGUGAUUGGGCGGCGCACAAUAUAGCCCAGCGUCGUCCGUUUUAGGGUUUGGCCGGGGUAGGCCGUCAUUGUAAAUAAGAAUUUGUUCUUAACUGACUUGCCUCGUUAAAUAACAAAUAUAUACCUGCGUAUACCCUCCAAUAGAUUGGUGCGCUGGUAUUAUGGUUGCUGUCCUUUCAGAAUCUCGAACCUGUCACACACUGAAGGCCUAUAGGUUCACCACUGCGCAAACAUGUCUGUAAUAGAUUUAAAGGCUUUUAAGAUGUUCAUGUUUCAAGAAAGGAGUAUGUAUAUUGGGCCUGGCGAAAUUAUGAGGCCUCACUGUCCGAGACAAAAUGUAUCCGACACGGAGUCAGUCAGUAUGUGGUCUCAAGACGACAACACUGGGCAGAGGCAGUAGAAACACUCGCACACACUGUCACAUGUAUUUUUGAAAUAACUUCAAUACCUACACAAAUAUAUUUCAUUGACAAUCAGCUUGAAUAUUGUUCUUUAUCAAUAUCACAAAAAUUAACAAUAGUUUUUAAAGGAUUCAUGUUCAGCAUUCUACAAAGAAAAAAACAGGAGUACAGCCCUCCUUCGCCCGUAGUGUGGUGGUAUAAACUUGUAUGACACCUAAACAGUAGUGCCUGGCAGAUGUGUAUUGUAUACACUCGAGUUGUGUGUAGCUAGCUAGCUACUUGGAUGUGGAAACGUUUCAUACAAUCGUCGGGCGCCCACGUUACGAUUGGUGAUAGGUACCUAGACGUCAAAUGCGACGGUUAAGAGGAUAGCUAGCUACCUUUCCCGGUUUUGCCAAAUUCAACAAACAAGCGUUCAUUAGCCACUUCCUGUAUCACAUCUGGCCGGUUUUGACCGCAGUCCAGCAGUUAGCUAGGGUUAGCAAACUAGCUACAAGUAGCUAUCUAGCUAAUACGUCUAAAAUUAAGCGAGGAUUUAAACAACUUUAAUUCUAGAAUAUAGCUAGAUGUUUUGUCGUGUGUGUUUUAGCAUGUAUUGUAAGACUACUUUGCGUACUAUUUAACGUUGGAACGUUGUUGCAGUGGCUAGCUUUUUUUAGUCCUUUCCAGUGUCGGCCACGAUCGUCACAUAAAGGCAGUUUUAAAAGAUUGCCCCUCGCAGCCUCAUCCUGCCAUGAGAUCACCCCAACAAUAAAUAGUGGGGUGAAGAUGGCUGCAGAGCUCUUUUCCACCAAGAAGCUGGGCCCGGCCACCUCAACCAACACAGUUGUGCAGCAAUACCAGCAGCAGAACCGGAAUAACAACAACACCAUUCACAGCUGCAACUGGCAAGGGCUCUAUCCUACCAUCCGAGAGAGGAAUUCAGUCAUGUUCAACAAUGAGUUGAUGGCAGAUGUUCACUUUGUCGUUGGUCCCCCAGGAGGGACUCAGCAAGUACCUGGGCACAAGUAUGUGCUGGCUGUGGGGAGUUCUGUGUUCCACGCCAUGUUUUACGGUGAACUGGCAGAGGACAAGGAAGAGAUCCGUAUCCCUGAUGUGGAGCCUCCCUCGUUCCUAGCCAUGCUGAAGUACAUCUACUGCGACGAGAUCGACCUGUGUGCCGACACGGUCCUGGCUACGCUCUACGCCGCCAAGAAGUACAUUGUGCCCCACCUGGCUCGGGCCUGCGUCAACUUCCUGGAGACGAGCCUGAGUGCCAAGAACGCUUGUGUGCUGCUAUCCCAGAGCUGCCUGUUUGAGGAGCCCGACCUAAUGCAGCGCUGCUGGGAGGUGAUUGACGCCCAAGCCGAGCUGGCGCUGCGCUCCGAGGGCUUCACAGACAUCGACUCGGUGACCCUGGAGAGUAUCCUGCGCCGCGAGACGCUCAACGCCAAGGAGAUGGUGGUAUUCGAGGCGGCAUUGAGCUGGGCCGAAGCCGAAUGCCAGCGCCAGGACCUGACGCCCACCAUUGAGAACAAACGGCUGGCGCUGGGCAAGGCCAUCUACCUGAUCCGCAUCCCCACUAUGACGUUGGAUGACUUCGCCAAUGGUGCGGCACAGUCGGGUGUGCUGACUCUCAACGAGACCAAUGACAUCUUCCUGUGGUACACGGCCGCCAAGAAGCCUGAGCUGCUGUUCGCCAGCAAGCCGCGCAAGGGCCUGGCGCCACAGCGUUGCCACCGCUUCCAGUCGUGCGCCUACCGGAGCAACCAGUGGCGCUACCGGGGCCGUUGCGACAGCAUCCAGUUCGCCGUGGACAAGCGAGUGUUCAUCGCCGGCUUCGGCCUGUACGGCUCCAGCUGUGGCUCAGCAGAGUACAGCGCCAAGAUUGAACUCAAGAGGCAGGGCGUGCCGCUGGGCCAGAGCCUCAUCAAGUACUUUUCAGACGGCUCCAGCAGCACAUUCCCAGUGUGGUUUGAAUACCCUGUGCAGAUCGAGCCCGACACAUUCUACACGGCCAGCGUAGUGCUGGACGGCAACGAGCUCAGCUACUUUGGCCAGGAGGGCAUGACUGAGGUGCAGUGUGGCAAGGUCACCUUCCAGUUCCAGUGCUCUUCAGACAGCACCAACGGGACAGGUGUGCAGGGGGGGCAAAUCCCUGAGCUCAUCUUUUACGCUUGAGGUGUCGAGCGUGAAGGAAACGUAACACUACUUCUUUACGGUCACAGUAAACGCACCCCUCCGGAUGUUCAGAAAGCAUAAUCUCUUAACUAUGGCUUUAAAAGUGUACCUGGUUUGGAAAAAACAAACAUCUAAUUUAGUUCAAUAUUCAAUUGCCUUAUGAGUAUGCCGGACCUAGUGUAGGACUGGGUUGAAGUGACCAAAAAUGUUCUUAUUUUAAAUGAAGGAUAGGCAUUUGUUCACAUUUAACUGUUUACUCAUUUGUUUUACUGUUCUUAUUUAACAAGAGUAUUAGUAUGUUGUAGGUAGCUUUUUGUUGUUGUUGUUUUUACUUCAAUCAUUCCUAUAAUUUUAAGGAAAACACUACAACUUCAAUAUAGGAUAUUUCAACCUGUGCAAAAAUCGACGUUGAUGUAGAGGAUACUUAGGGUAUAAUCAAAUAUUUUUGUACUUUGUAACUUGAUAAAUAGUUUAAACAUUUUUGAUGGUGCAAUUUCUAAGGUUUUGUAUUGUUACCUCUUAAGUUUACCCUUGGGUUUUCUGUGAGAUUAAUCAACUGAGAAUAGACAUCAAACGGAAAUGUAAACCUGUGCUGAGGUUUAAGAUACUUGAUGUAUGUUGCUAUCUCUGUGUCGGCCCUUGUAUGUAUAUAGCUAACUUUUGUCUGCACUACUAUUGUUCCUCUUUUCAAAUGGGACUGCCUUUUUGUAUCUUGCUUCCUUGUAUACACUUUAUAUUUGACCUGAAAAUCAGUAUAAAGUGUCGCCAUGCUGUGAGUUUGACAGUAUCAAUGGACCUAUGAAUGUGUACUGUUGUUGAAUAUCAAAAAUAAAAUGAACCAGUUCUGUAAAA